AGCUGCAGACCCAGCAGGGGAGAGCCGAGGGCUGCGCGGGGCGCGGCGCAGGUGUCACCCUGCACGCGGAAGUGCGCUGGCCUCGGUCUGCGUUAUAAAUCGGGGCUCGAGUCACCCGGCCCCAGUGCUCCGGAACGUGCCCUCCGGAGCCCCGCGCCGGCUGCGUAGCCCCUGCCGGCUCCCCGCGUCCCCCCAGUCCCAGCGCGUCCUCGGCCGCCCCAGGCCGGCCGGGCGCUGCCCGCGCGGGGCCUCGGAGCAGCCAGCCCGCCGACGGGGUGGGACUGCGCCUCGCCGGGCAGGAGGACCGCGGUCGUGGGGCCCCCGCCGCCUCACCCAGGCAACAUGAAGGUUUUAUUUGUGGAACCUGCCAUCUUCCUGAAUGCGUUUGCCAUGACCUUGACCUCGCCGCUGACAGCGCAGUAUGUGUACAGGAGAAUAUGGGAGGAAAGGGGCAACUACUCCUUUGCAUCUGAUAGCAAUGUUUCUGAGUGUGAAAAAAACAAAAGCAGCCCGAUGUUUGAAUUCCAGGAGGAAGUUCAGAAAAAAGCGUCGCUGUUCAGCCUGCAGAUGGAGAUGAGCGGGUUGAUUCCUGGCCUGGUGUCCACAUUCAUACUGUUGUCCAACAGUGACCUCCACGGACGAAAGCUCCCGAUGAUUCUGUCUUCCGCCGGGGCCCUGGCCACCAGCAUCUGGCUCUGCCUGCUUUCCUAUUUUGCCUUUCCCUUCCAGCUUCUGAUUGCAUCGACCUUCCUUGGUGCACUUUGUGGCAAUUACACCACCUUCUGGGGAGCUUGCCUUGCCUACAUAGUCGACCAGUGUAAAGAGCACAAGCAGAAAAUCAUCCGGAUAGCUGUGAUCGACUUCAUACUUGGACUUGUGACUGGACUCACGGGGCUCGCCUCUGGCUACUUUAUCAGAGAGCUCGGCUUCGUGUGGUCCUUCGUAAUCAUUGCGGUGACGCUGGCUGUCAACCUGAUCUACAUUUUAUUUUUUCUCGGCGAUCCAAUGAAAGAGCCUUCGCCAGAGAGUGUAGCUAUGUCGUGGUGUGAAGCCUUUAAAAACCUAUUUUACCGAACGUACGCGCUUUUUAAAAAUGCUUCCAGGAAGCGACGGAUCACGCUCUACUUGUUAAUUUUCACCGUAAUCACAUACUUCUUCCUGGUGGUUGGCGUUUCCCCGAUUUUUAUCCUUUAUGAGUUGAAUUCUCCGCUCUGCUGGAACGAGGUUUUUAUUGGUUAUGGGUCCGCUUUGGGGAGCGCCUCUUUUUUAAGCAGCUUCCUGGGAAUAUGGCUUUUCUCUUACUGCAUGCAAGAUAUCCACAUCGCCUUCAUCGGCAUCCUCACCACCAUGUCGGGAAUGGCUCUGACUGCGUUUGCCAGGACAACGCUGAUGAUGUUUCUGGUCAGGGUGCCGUUUCUCUUCACCAUUGUGCCGCUGUCUGUGCUGCGGGCCAUGCUGUCCAAAGUGGUUCAUUCUACCGAACAAGGCACCCUGUUUGCUUGCAUUGCCUUCUUAGAAACCCUGGCUGGCGUUGCCGCAGGGUCUACUUUUAACGGAAUUUAUUCAGCCACAGUGGAUUGGUUCCCGGGCUUCACUUUUCUGCUGUCUGCAGGUCUGUUACUAAUUCCACUGAUCAGCCUAAGCGCCGUCAAGUGCAUCAACUGGACCGAGGGAAGCUACAGGCUCCUCUUACAGGAGGAGCCGAGGGAAGAGCCGUCAGGCUGAGGACUCCCACGCGUGGUCGCCCACACCGGGCAGUGUGAAUUCAGAAGAACAGAACUCAUUCCACAAUCAGCGCUUCCUGCAUAAUCAGUGUUAUACCUCCUUUCUUUUUAACUGAGCAGAGACCAGCUCCUGGCUUUAACUGCACCAGGCACUUGAAGCACUUUGUCCUCAAGCAGCACAUUUCCAACACAGAGAAGAACAAAUCUCAAAAUACUGCUCACUUGUGGACUUACAAAAGAAACUCAAAGUCAAGAGUAUAAUGACGGAUGAGGACGCCAGAUGUGAUCCAAAGCCAUCAUCUGCCUGACUUCCUCCGGGCUCGCUGCAAUCGAGAACUCUUUACCUCCAUUCCUUCAUCUGCAAAAUGGGUUUCUGAUCUAUCUCAGGGAUUCUGAAGACAUAAGGAAAAUUACAGCAACUCACUGAUGAACAAUGACGUAAAUUUUCAAAUAUCUCUAAUAUAAUUUUGCCUAUA